ACUAGAUUUAGCCGUUAUAUGGUCGUUAGUGAGUUUCGUGUCAUUUCCGUUUCUCCUAUCAAUUGUCAGGAAAGUGAAAGGAGGCAAAAUGGGAAGACGACCUGCAAGAUGUUAUCGUUAUUGUAAAAAUAAACCGUAUCCAAAAUCACGGUUUUGUCGUGGUGUACCCGACCCAAAAAUUAGGAUUUUCGACUUAGGAAAAAAGAAGGCAGCCGUAGAAGAUUUUCCUUUAUGUGUUCAUUUAGUGUCAGAUGAAUAUGAACAACUUAGCUCUGAAGCAUUGGAAGCAGGACGUAUUUGUGCAAACAAAUAUUUAGUAAAGAACUGUGGUAAAGAUCAGUUCCACAUUCGAAUUAGGCUUCAUCCAUUUCAUGUUAUUAGAAUCAAUAAAAUGUUGUCAUGUGCUGGAGCUGAUAGGCUCCAAACUGGUAUGAGAGGUGCUUUUGGUAAACCUCAAGGAACUGUUGCACGUGUUCACAUUGGACAACCCAUUAUGAGUGUUAGGUCCAGUGACCGUUUUAAGGCUCAGGUUAUUGAGGCGCUUAGACGUGCCAAGUUCAAGUUCCCAGGACGUCAGAAGAUUUAUGUUUCCAAGAAAUGGGGCUUUACAAAAUAUGAGAGACAGAUGUAUGAAGAUUUGAAAAAUCAAGGUCGCCUUAAACAAGAUGGUUGUAAUGUUCAAUAUCGCCCUGAACAUGGACCACUUUCUGAAUGGAAAAAGGUUCAAGAAGAAUUAGCUGCUGCAUAAGCUGUUAAUGUAUAUGUGUAACAAAUAAAUACAUAAAAAAGAA